CACAAGCCAAAGGUUAUUUCUUAAAAAGCCUCUUACUAUACCAGUCAAAGUUUACGUUCUGUGAAAAAGUUGAUCUCCAAAAAUGUUACUGGGCAAAAGCAUCCAGUGGUUUCUGAAGUCAAUGAAAAGUAAAAUCUAGAAAAUUAGAGGAAACAAAAAUAGACUUUUUCAAAAUGUUACAUGCAUUGAAUAGUGAAAAAUUAAUUAGAUUUCAAAAGUGUAUCUAAUGUAGCUCAAAGUAUAUUUUUAAAAAAAUAUCUGGUCUCAAAGUUGAUGCUGAGUGUAUAUAAAUAGUAAACUCUCCUUCAGUCCAAGAUGGGAGAGUCCCUGCAUCUUUAUUUGGCAAAAGUAGGGCAGUGGUUUCCCAGUUUGGCUGCAGCACUGGCCUUUCCUUGUGCCUGUGGCAUUCCACCAAGUACUAACUAGGUCGGUCACUACAGCUUGAGUCCAGACAAGGCUGACCAGCAGCUGCUCCCGGCUGCAACUGCUAGAACUACACGAAAGAAUAAUUGGCAGGGUCUCUGCAAGACCGUUGUAAACGCCGCUCUCCUGAGCCCAAUUCUUUGAGAGAACGGCGGGGCACUUUCAAACCAUAGAAACGGUUGUUAGUCCUCAGUCAAGAAAGGACCACUCCCAACUGCCAUCGGUGAGACGAACUGAGACUCUCCUCCCCCGCGAACUACCAAACCAAGCGUCCCGUGGCGCCGAGAACUAAACAGCUCCGUCAAUGAUUGGCUAGAAGCCGCGCCUGCCUGUCAAAGUUCCCAAAGCGGCUGGCCCAGGGCGCAGUAAAAUGACGACCUUCCGCGCUCGGCUGCGAGGGGUCUUGUGCGGGGCUGGCUUGGGACUCUGCGGGGUCGCGCUGGUCCUGCUGGUGGUGAUGCUCCUCCGAACCUAUGGGACACGACCUUCCGGCCCGGCAACAGGGCUGCGGGCAGAGCGGCAGCGGCGCGCGUUGGCUGCCUUCAGUCCCCGGGAGCUGCAAGAACUCAAGGAGGUGCUGCAAGGUGCUGUUAGAAUGAAAACAGUUUCCUUCUCACCAGAUGAUCAGAAUAUAACAGCCCUGGCAGAAUUCAAGCCCUAUAUUUAUAAAGCUUUUCCUAGAGUGUUUUCUACCUCAUUCAUUCAACAUGAAAUUAUUGGAGAUUACAGCCACCUAUUCACCAUCCAGGGAUCUAACCCUCAAUUACAGCCCUAUAUGCUGAUUGCACAUAUAGAUGUAGUCCCAGCUUCCCCUGAUGGAUGGGAUGUCAGUGAUCCUUUUUCUGCUGAGGAACGUGAUGGAUUUAUAUAUGGAAGAGGAACACUGGAUAAUAAAAACUCAGCUAUGGGCAUUCUACACGCUCUAGAGUUUUUACUGAGACGAAAUUACAGGCCACAAAGGUCUUUCUAUAUAGGCCUUGGGCACGACGAAGAGGUGGAUGGUAAAAAAGGAGCAAUGAAGAUUGUGGCUGAGCUGCAAUCUAGAGGAGUACAACUUUCUUUUGUGCUUGAUGAAGGAAGCUUCAUUUUUAAUGGAGUCAUAUCUAGAAAAGAGAAACCAAUAGCUGUAAUAGCUAUCACAGAAAAGGGUGCACUUAAUAUAAAUCUCAGUGUAACAUCUUCACCUGGCCAUUCUUCUGCACCCCCUAAGAGGACCAGCAUUGGUAUUCUUUCUGAAGCAUUAUACAAGUUGGAAACGCAGCCCAUGCCCAAUUUGUUUGGUCGUGGACCUGAAAUCAGGAUGUUUGAAGAAUUGGUACCAGCAUUGAGCUUCCCACUCAAUAUCGUCAUGGCAAAUCUGUGGUUCUUCGCAUCUCUUGUUGGCAGGUUUCUUGAGCAAAAUCCUACCACUAAUCCUCUUGUUCGGACCACCACCGCAAUCAGCAUGUUUCACGCAGGAAUAAAGACAAAUGUUAUUCCACCGAGAGCCAGUGCCUCAGUGAAUUUCCGCAUCCACCCAUCACAAACCAUUGAUGAGGUAAUGAGAAUAGUAGAAGAAAAAAUUGAUGAUAAGAGUGUGAAGAUAGAAGUGAUGAAUGCCUUUGAUCCAUCCCAUGUUAGUCCCUGGGACGACCAAACCUUCGGCACACAGGUUUUACACCAGACCAUCCUGGAUGUUUUCCCAGAUGUUGCCAUUGUAGCUCCAGGUGUUUGUAUUGGAAACACUGAUAGUAGACACUACAGCAAUCUCACAAAGGCCAUUUAUCGAUUUAACCCAGUGACCUUUAAAGCUGAUGAUCUUUCAAGAUUCCAUGGGUUGAAUGAAAGGAUCUCUAUGAAAGAUUAUGCAAAGCAAGUGGAAUUUCUCUUCCAACUAAUUCAAAAUUGUGAUUUGAACCAACCCACAGAACCAAAUACAUACCAUCAUGAGCUAUAGAAUAAGAAAGUACAAAGACUUGUGGGAAUUCUUAGAAAUUUGAAUUAUUCAAAGCAGCAGUGUUCCAUUUUAUCCUCAGUUACAGAACUGCAUUAAUGUAUUACAGAGAUUUAAAGUAAUAACACAACUUAGUUGCACUGCACAUUGUUGUGAAACAAAUUACUAAACUUAACAAUUGACUAAAUUACUCUGAACAGUAUAAAGAAAUUAAGUUUCAUACUAAGCUGUACCUCAUAGACAUUAGAAUCUUGAUAACUUUAAUGCUCUUUGCAUGAAUUAUGUCAUUUAUGCAAUAACAUCACAGUGGCUUCUAAAGGAAUUAGGUCAUUUGUGUGAUGACAUCUUGACACAUCUGAUAUAAUUCACCUCCCAUCUCCGCCUCCAGCCAACAUCCAUGGAUGACUUUAUUGGACAACAGUAAAGUAUUUACAUACUGAAGAACUUUUCUGUUAUCUUAACUGUAUGGAAGGGCAGUUUUGCAUAAGAAAUGGAUUAUCCAAAACAUCAAGAAACAGACCUUUUGUAUCUGCAGAUCUGAGGAUCACAGAAUAACUGGAGCGUCUGGUGCCAAAUGUUCAGUAUAUCACAGAAUUAUCACUUGAAAUGUGACCUAUUUCAUUAUUCUGUUGAAUCUCUAAGCUUCACCUCUGCCAGUUGCUUUUCUUAUGCUUAUUGGUUAUUUCAUUUUUAGUUUUCUUUUAGCUUCUCUUUUGAGACCAUGUUGUUUUAACUGUUUAGCUCAGACAAGACAGAUAUGAAUACCUCCAAGAUUGGCAGAGCUAUUUCUACUAUACAAGCAAAAGCCAAAUCACAGGUGAUUUAUCUCAGGAACAAAAAGUGAUUUAUCUCAGAUCUAUAUGAAACUAAUGGCAGACUUUGGUAUUGUUACAUUUUGAGAGGGAGCUAAUUUACUGAAUUUGAAUCUAUAUUAGGGAUGGCUAAUUAAUGUCAAAGCCUCUAUUUCUUUGAGAGAAAUCUUGUAUAGAUUCCAUGGGUUGAAUGAAAGGAUCAGGGAUGGGAUCAGCUUUCAUAGCUGGCAAGAGAAGAGCCCCAAGUGUCUGUGUGCUGAGUUGAUGGCUGAGCCCAGGUGUCCUUCCAGGACUCUUUUUUCUUCUCUGCCACCCUUUCCCACUGAAAAUAUCUUUAGUGGCUUCUUUUUGCUCAGCCUAAUUGCUAGGGGCACAGAUGCGGGGGUGGUGGUGAGAGAGCAGUUUUUGGCAAAAUAGCAACCUAGAGUAGCCAAGCAACAUCUCUAUGCCCUUUGAAGUAGCAAUUAGGUUUGGGGGUGGGGGGGGAAGUUCCAUUCAUGCAAUAUAGAUUUUUUUUGUGGAAGGCAUUAAGGAGGAAGGAUUGUAAGUUUCACUUAGUCUAAUGGUUGAUGGCUCUGACUAUAAUAAGGGGAGGUCAUAAUUAUCUAUCUGUCUACUCUCACUUGAUUUUUUUAAGGCAGUUUUUUUUUUUGCCUUUAGAUUCUUUUAUUCUUCAGUGGAGGUAUGCUCAGUAGACAGAUAAUUAUAUCCAAGGCUUAAAUUGAAUGCUUGCAAGUUUCAGAGAGUUUGAGUCUUUGGUACUGCUAUUGUUGACUGCUACAACCUAUUUGACUAUAAUUAAUUGCAAGGUGUUGUAAUUCUGGGGUACUUAACUUUUUUUCAGAUUGAGGGCUGCACUUGACUUUUGAGUUGAAGCUAGGGCUACAUAGAAAAUGUAAUCAGGCAGUUCUUGGGUUUCUUUUUGUGUUUUAUUCAAGUUAGUUUUCUACACUGAAACUGGUUCCUAAAAAUGUUGAUUCUGUAAUUGACUUCAAUUGAAUGCUACUUUUUAGAAAGUAAGAGGUAUUAUAUAUAUAUAUAUAUUAAGUAAUAUACUAAGCCAAGAAAGCUGAAAUUUUCUUCCAUGCUUUGUUCCUUGGAGACGUUCAUAUGCAACUUUAAAGGCAUAGUUAUAUACUCUUCCCUAAUAUUUAUAAUAGAGAAUAUGAUUUAGCAAAAUCUAUAGCACAUGACAAUAGGGAUAGCAUAGGAUGAUGAUACUGUGAUUCUUACAGACUAUAUACUUAUUAAUGUAUUUUCACUAUGACUUUAUCUGGAUGUGCUAACUGCUGAGGCUUGAAAUACCAGAUUUUUCUUCUUGGCAAUAAAAAGUAAUUGUCUGUGUAGUGCUGUUUCAAUAUACUCAUAUAAAUCACUGUGGAGUAGUUUUCUAUUCCAAUGAUUUCUCUACGCUAUUUCCUUGAAAUAAUAAUUAUACAGAAAUAAACUUCCACUAGUUGCCA